CUCCUGUCGCUGGUGGUGAGAGCGCCGGGCCAGGCCCUGCCUGCCGGCCCCCGAGGCACUGGGUUACCCGCCCGGCCUUGCUCCUUGUGCCGGCUCCUUUGGGGCAGUGAGUAGCCUGCUCUCACCUCUCUUCCCUGUCAGACUGCAGAGUGGCUUUUAGCCAAGUGUUGCUACUCCUAACCCGCCGGAGGCAGCAGUGCUAGAGGUACAGUAAGGGUCCGGUGACGUCUGAUCAGGCCUCUCUGGUCCUGUGUGCUGCAGUGGGUAAAGGUGCCUGCUCAAGAGCAGGUUAAGCACCUAGCGUGCUUAGGUGUCAGAGUUAACUGUCUGGAAAUGGACGGUAGAGGUUGUUUGCAGCCUCUGGAAGGAAAUGAUACUUCAGAGGCGAUUAUAGUAUUUCAGCACUGAGCAGAAGCAUAUUCUUUAAUGAGCGAUGAACCUACAAAGUCACUGUAGGUACAAGUAGAUCAAAGUAUGUUUUCUCUGUUUUUUACCCAUCGUGUCAUACGGUGAUCCAGCGCCUCCAAGCUCUUACCUGUUAAGUCAUGCACCAUGACGGCAUUCUCUGGUUUUAUUUUAUGACGAUAGUUUUUCUCCCGGUUGCUAUUUCUGUGAUAACAUUUAAUGGUAUAUGCAGCAGGGAAAGACUUAUGCAGUGUAGGGAUUUGACAAGAUUUUCCUUUCAUAAUGCCUGUUCUUCACUGAUACCUUUGAGUAAUCAUAGUGUGUUAUUGUAAGCCAUUCAUGUUAGUAAAAAAUAAGAAAGUAGAUGCAGCUAUCAUAUUUCAAAAGUUUUAUUUUUUUCCAGUCAAACCAAUGAUUUAUGUGAAUUCAGGCUAAAUUAAGCCUCUCACCCUGGAGAAAUACCCUGAUUUUAUAAUUCUAUUUUAGGACAUUCUGGGGGCAUUUGCAACCACUUAAACUUUACUUAUUUGGUUUAUGUUGAUCCUUAAACCAGGCUUCAGCUGCCAUCUGAGCUUUCAUUUCUAUUCCAUUAUUUCCUUUUCCAUCAAAUUUCUUCUCUCCUUGCUAUCUGCAGCUCCACGUGACUUUGUUUUUGAUUUUAAAGCCUAACUAAAAUAGACAUGAAAAUAAUGUAUAGCAAAAUAUUUAUUCUCUUUUUACUGUAUGGUUUUCCUUCCUGCCUGAUCUGUCUGUAUCUUAGCUCUUUAGAACUGCUCUCUGUUGUUUGUGCAAGUGUCUGGCACUGUGGAGCCUUAUCUUCAUUGCUUUUUAGAUGCUGUCAUGAAUAACACAAAUAAAUAAUACAAGGAAGGGCUGGAGUUUGUCAUUUCUUGUUUCUGGGUAUCUUAGAAGAGAAAUGCCUAAUAGUGCUUCUGUUUCUCUUACUGGAUAAAAAUAACUUCAAAACAAAUUUGCAGUGACCAGGAAUAAUCAGUGGAGACAUAAGACGUUCUCCAGAAUAUUUAUUGUUCUCAUUAUGGAGAUGUCUCUGCUACAGCAGAUGUAUAAGGAUGUACUGGUAGGCAUUCCACUAGCAAAGGAGAGCCGUCAUUAUACCUCUUUCCUCAAUCUGUGCACUGAACAGUCACCAGAAAGAGAUGAAUCGUGUAAUCGGAUGCAUCUGCCGUCUGCUAAUAGUGGUAUUAGGAGCCAUCAAGACCCUGAUAUUUCAGACACCGUUGUCCUUGUAACAGAUGAUGUAUCUAAUAACUUUGCAAAUAUGAACUCCUCGUUGUGUCCACGAGAAGUGAUGCUGCUUCAGUUAACCUUGAUCAAGAUGAUGGUGGCUAAAGUACAGUCCCAGGAAAUUGAAUUCGAUGCAAGACGGAAGUACUGUGAUAUCUUUGUCCUCCUUCUGAAGGAGACAAAAAUCGACUCAAAACUGAUUUGUCUCCUCAGUAGUUCUGAUCAGCUGUUAUCUCACAUGGCGUCAAGAAGUUUAGCGUCUCUUGUGUAUUUCCAGCUGAAGGAAGAGAAUGCAUUAAAUGUCACCUGGCUCACAUUUGGUUUGAAGACUCUGUCAGAAUUUCCUGUAACUACUCAAGCAGCAGAAUGUUUGUGGACUCUUACAGCUAUUAUCAGGGACAUUUUGAAAGAUAAAGUUUUACCUAAAGCAGGUAUCUUGAAGAAGUUGUUGGCUCCUCUUGAUGCUGUGCUUGAAGGAUUUUAUAAUUCCAUUUUGUUCCAUCAUUUUGACAGUCACCACUAUACUUCACCUUGUUCUGAAGCUGCAAACAAUUUGAUCAGUUUCAUAGAUCUGCUUGAAGCUCUUUUGGCUUCCAGAGUUGAAUUAGAAUUACCACUGAGAUGCCAGAGAGUGAUAUUUGCGAAAGUUUCUUAUGUCCUGAAUCUCAUUAGCUCAUCAGUUCAUUAUUUAUUCAAGAAAUUGUUCAUUAUAUUCCUUAAGAAAUGUAUCCUUUACAAGUCUAGAGAAUAUGCUGUAGGUGGACCACUGUUCUUACAAAAGCCAUGUUUAUAUGAGGAUAUGCUUGCACUGAGUAAUGCUGUUCUGCAAGGCGUAAAUUUGACUUGGCUUAAUCAGAUCCCUCUCAGUGAAAAGGCGAGCUACUUUGGAGGCAGUGAACCCCAUCCUGGAGAUAAUACUCACGGUGGUCCUGACCAAACCCUUCUCAGAGCCUUAAGUCUAGUUGUGCUUAAAGCAUUGGAAUUCAAGUUUCAGAAUUCUGCUACAGAAGCUGAAGUCAAAGGAGAGUUUCAGAGUUCCAUGUCCCAGCUGUUGACUUUCUGGAGGGGUCAUCUGACAUCUUCCUCAUGUUCUCACCCAGUUGUACAUCACUGUGAAUGGCUUUCCUUGAUUUUCAUAGAGCAAGAUGAUGAUAUGUGGGAAGCUGCUAAAGCAUUGUUACUCAUAUAUUUAAAAUUUGAUAGGUUACGACGUGACGCUGCUCGUAGCUUGAGCCUAGAAGAGGAGGAAACUUGGAACUACCUUACUCAUGCAAGUGGCUAUAAUCCCCACUGUAUCUUUUUAUUUUUCCUAAAAAAUAUUGCAUUUGAUUCCACAGUUCUUCUAGAUUUUUUGAUUUCAUCGGAAACUUGUUUUCUAGAGUAUUUGGUAAGGUAUUUAAAACUUCUGAGAGAAGACUGGCACCAUUUUGUCAACGUCUGUAACCAUUUUGAUACGAGACCUGGCACUUUUCAAUCCGUUUCUUCUGACAAGCCACCCCCUGAAGGAAAACAAAACUAUAUGACUGAUGCUUGUUGCGAACCAGAUCCGCAGACUCUGUCUUUGGCUUCUUCUCACAAUUACUUACUAUUUGCAACGCAGCAAGGUGAUAAUGAAGUUGCAGAGUCCAACCAGUCUAACUCAUUGCAGUGCACUGAUAGUGUGCCUCUGCUGGAUUCUCUUCAAAGCCUUGUUAAUUAUGACAGCUCAGAAGAUUCUGAAUUAGAGACGGUUGGAAAAGAGUGUUUGGUAAACACAAAGCAGAUGCCUUCAAAUUGCGAGGGCGAGGGCGAGGCAAAGAUAAGGGAAGCUGUUUGCAGCUGCAUAGAUGAUAAACACAAUACACUCAAGUCUGAAGUGUUGCCUCUGAAACAAAAGGGGUCUAAUACCUCAUCCUUUCUGGCUUGUAGGGUGUCUUCAGAUAACAUCAUUCCCCGAAGAAUAAUGCUUUACAAAUCAACAUCAUGUUUGGAAGAACUGCAAAUAGCUAUUUCAAGAUUGCAGAGAAGAAAUCUUUUCCCCUAUAAUCCAUCUGCAUUGUUAAAACUACUGAGUCACAUUGAGAAGAUCAGUAAGAAUGUGAAUCCACGUUAAGACAAAAGCGU